UGAUAUCUGUGUACUGUGUAAUCUAGUAAACUACAUCAAAUACCUCACUAUUGUAAAAGCAAAACCAGAUUCUAGAAUCAAUUUCUAUUUAUGAUUUAAUAAAACAAUACCAAUUCUAAUUAUUUUUAAAGGUGAAUAAAGUGUUAUGGCGUCAGAAGACUUUGAUACAUAUGAUCUUCCAACUGCCUCACCACCCAAACCACAGCUAGGACAUAAAAAAUCAUGGCUUGAGCUACGCAACACAACCAGAGAGACAAGAAAAUUGAUAACGAGAAUCACACCAUCCAUACCAAGUAACUUUGGAUUCAGGCAUUCAUUUCCAGAGCUUGAUGAUGGUGAAGAGCUACCUGUCAGCUUCACACGUCUUUAUUUCCUUGGUGUGCAUGAAAAAGGGAAGGAUAGCACACUUCUCAUGGUGGAUAUUGAUAAUGUAGAACAGGAAUCAGAGAUUGAGAAAAACUCCAACAACACGUACUGGAUGUCCCCUGUCUUUGACAGCCAGCCUGGCACAAAUGCCGUGCCCAUGUCUAGGGAGGAACAGCUCAUGAGGGAGCGUAAACGGCUGGGGACGUACGGGAUUACGUCAUAUGAGUUGGACCCUGAUGAUGGACUUUUUGUCAUUCCUGCCAAUAAUAGUUUAUUUUUGUGUCGGGAUGUGGUUGGUCCGCGAGAAGCUCCUGUUGAGAUCCCAACCAAAACACAUGGGGCACGACUUGAUCCAAAGAUCUGUCCCUGUAACAACGAUAUGGUAGCCUUCAUCAACGAUUACGACAUUUGGCUCACGGGCCUUUGUUCUGGGAAAGAAGUUCGAUUAACAUAUUCUCGAAAAGGUGAACUGAGAUUAGAAGAUGACCCCAUCAGCUCAGGUGUGCCCAGCUUUGUGAUACAGGAAGAGUUUGACAGGUACACAGGCUACUGGUGGUCCCCAGUAUUUCAUCGUAUUGCAGAAGGGAAAAGGAUGUAUCACAUAGUUUAUGAAGAAGUGGACGAAUCUGAUGUGGAAAUUUUGUCCAUCUUCUCCCCAACUGGCCAGGAGCCAAAUUGCAGCGAACUCUACAGAUACCCUAAAGCAGGUGCCAACAACGCUUACAGUAAUUUAAAGCUGCUAGAAAUUGUUAUAACCUACUCUGGUCCAACCACUCAAAUAACUGACAUACAGGUGAAAAAUUUGUCCAUGAAAGAGCCACUGUUUCACAUUUGUCCCUGGGCAGAAUAUCUCUCGAGGGCAGGCUGGACAAGAGACGGCAAAUAUAUUUAUGCUGUGGUCAUAGAUAGAACACAGACGAGGCAAGCAGUGCUGUUGAUCUCACCCUCUAUAUUCUAUGAGACAUCAACAAAAAAUAUCUCUCAGUAUGUACAGUGUAUAUAUGAGGAGAGCUCUGAUAUAUGGAUUAAUGUCCAUGAUUUGCUUUAUUUCUUCCCUCAAACCUCAGAAAAUAAAAUUACCUUCAUAUACGCCUCUGAAAAAUCUGGCUAUAGGCACUUGUAUUUGUACACCUCACAACUCAACACUGGGGUCGCAGGUCAUCAGAUAGGUCAAGGGGAUGCUACAGAAAACUAUGCCUGCUGUAAAAUACUCAAGGAGUUUGCCAUCACUUCAGGGGAUUGGGUUGUUCUACCAAAAGAGUUGUGGGUGGAUGAAGCAAGAAAAAUGGUCUACUUUCUUGGCCUAAAGGAUUCACCUUUGGAAUCACACUUAUAUGUAACAAGGUAUGACCAACCAUCUUCUGUGGUGCAGCUGACCCAGCCAGGGUAUUCACAUUCUGUCCAGAUAGAUCAGCAUUUCUCAAUGUUUGUCACAGUAUUUAGCUCCCUUCAGUCACCACCUCAGAGCAGUAUAUUUAAAAUAAUUCACAAGUCUUCAACUGUCAGGUCCCUACAGAUGGGACUACUCUGUCCAAAAAUUGAUACAUUUGGGUACACCCCACCAACAUUAUUUAACUACGUAAGCCGGGCAGGACACGUAGCAUAUGGACUUUACUUCCUACCACGGGGGUGGGAACAAGGGAAAAGAUAUCCCACAGUUCUCUUUGUGUACGGUGGACCACAAGUUCAGAUGGUUAAUAAUUCCUUUAAAGGCCAAAAGUUCCUGAGACUUCACACGUUAGCUGCUGAAGGCUAUGUUGUUGUUGUCAUUGAUGGUAGGGGCUCUAACAACAGAGGUCUGCAGUUUGAGGGAAUUUUAAAACAUAAAUUGGGUACAGUGGAGAUAAAUGACCAAGUGGAAGGUUUGCUCUGGCUAGCAUCACAAACAGAUUUCAUUGACAUGUCCAGAGUGGCCAUUCAUGGCUGGUCAUAUGGUGGUUAUCUUUCAUUGAUGGGAUUGACACAAAGAAGUGAUAUUUUUAAGGUUGCAAUAGCAGGAGCUCCAGUUGUAAACUGGGAACUGUAUGACACAGGAUAUACUGAGCGCUACAUUGGCCUUCCACAGAGAAACCCUGAUGUUUACAAGGCCGGGAAUGUGUUAACCUACAUGGAUAAACUUCCUGAUUAUGAAACUAGACUGCUGCUGAUCCAUGGGCUGAUUGAUGAGAAUGUCCACUUCCGACACUCAAGUAUUUUGAUCAACUAUCUGGUCACAUCAUGUAAACCUCACCAGCUCCAGAUAUACCCUAAUGAAAGACAUGGCAUCCGUAACCAUGAAGCCAGUGAACACUACAAGACAACUGUUUUAAAGUUCUUACAAGAUUAUUUGUGAUAAUUGGAUUGUAAACACUUUAAUCAACUGUUUUUAAUUGUAAAAAAAAUAUAUUUUAAAUGUACAUUUGUAAUUACAACAAAAGAUUGAUGGUCAGCGCUUGGGGUUUAUAUGUAACUAUAGGGUAUGUCCAUUUGACCAUUAUUUAUGUACAUACAUUAUUUAUACUACUACUUUGCUGAAUCUGCAAAUUGUUUUAAUGGUAAUUUUUUUUUUCCUAUUUAACUUCUUAAGGAAUGAUUAUCUGUUAAGAUACAGGUAUAUGAAAUGUGGUUGAGACUGUUUGCCAGAAAAUUCAGGGAAAGAUAACACUGUUGGUAUAAACAGUACUGUGGAAUAGAAGCCAUAUAAACCUUUAUUAUAUUUUUCUUUUAAAAUAAAAUGAAUACAUUAAAUUAAGAGGUAAUUUUUAUAGUUAAAAAAAAAUAAAAUGUAUUUCUAGAAAAGUAGUAAAAUUAAUUUUGGUAAUUUCAACACUUUCUGCUUAGUAGUACUGACCACACCCAUAGAAACAUCUCUCUUAUUACUCUUAAUAUUUCUUCCCAAUGUAAUCCCUCCUUCACCACAACAAUUGAACAAAUGUUUUAUUAUUUGUUACAUGAUGAGAAAAAGUGUAAUAUUAUUUAACUGAGACAACUGCUAAAUUUUAAUUUAUACCAAAGAGUUACGUGUGUAAAUAUAAAUCUGUGCCAGCUUAUAUUGGUAUCUGUCUCCGUAAUCUUUAUUUAGCUCUACAAAUUCUGUUUUCCUGUUGACUUUCUCACCUGAGCACAUGCCCCAUGUCAAGGUAUAAUUCAUUUUUUUAAACAACUUAUUUUGUUAUUGAAUGCAUAUCCUACAUGCCCUCAUUAAGUUGAGCAGCAAUUCACUAUUCAGCAUUAAUGUUGCUAACUAUUCAACUCUUUUCUAUUCAGAUAUGAAAUUUUAUUGCAUUAAAAAAUUAAAACAAUUUUUGUCAUUUUGACAAAGGGAAAUAAUAGUAAAAAUAAUUUGAAUUUUAAAUAUUUAAAAUGUAAUAAGUAAUAAAAAAUAAACUGCUGUUUCUAUCAAU